AAUGACUUAUUCAAGACCUUAUGCCUAUGCCCCAUUUUUCCAUUUUCACUCGGUGGCAACCGUGUCUUUCACCAGCCCUAUAUAUAUACACACAGAUUCAAUUCAAAUCAGUGAAUAACCAACAGCAAUGGCCGAACACGAUGUCCCCUACCAGCUGCACACGGCAGUCUAUCGAUUCUACCCGACCGAAGAAGAGCUCAUCUCGUUUUAUCUCUCGAACAAACUCCAAAACCAUCGAACACACGAUCUCCAUCGCGUCAUCCCUGUUGUCAAUGUCUAUGAACACAAUCCUAGCCAUCUUCCAAAAUUAGCUGGAGAAUUAUGCAAAAGGGACACUGAGCAGUGGUUCUUUUUUGUGCCUAGACAACAAAGGGAGGCACAAGGAGGAAGGCCUAGCCGAACGACAGCCUCGGGUUACUGGAAAGCCACUGGUUCACCAACUUAUGUCUAUUCGUCAGACAACAAAGUGAUCGGGGUGAAGAAGACGAUGGUGUUUUACGAAGGGAAGUCGCGUAAGGUGAAGAAAACCGAAUGGAAGAUGAAUGAAUAUCGCGCCAUUAAACAAGAACUGGAGGGGACCAACACUUUGCCUGUACCAAAGCUACGACACGAGUUGAGCCUAUGUAGGGUUUAUGUGGUAUCAGGAACUACACGAGCAUUCGAUAGGCGACCUUUUGGAAUAGGAACGACGACAGAGAAGGUCAAUCCAGACACGAGUAGGGGUGCAUCAUCGUCUUCGCAAACCAUCCUACAAUCUUCCAACAGUUUAUGUCCUCAAAGUUCAUGUCCUGCUUACCGUACCGUGGUUAAAUUACAAUAUGAAUUGAAGUGGUGUAUAAUGAUGAAAAGGGAGAAGGCUUGGAAGAUGAUUGAGAUGUGAGUGAAAAUUUAUCAUGAUUAUUUAAAAUAUCAAUUAACAUACAUCCAUCAAGCUCAAAGAAUAAUUGUAUGAGAAGAAUAUUUGUUUGGGGGUAGGGGCGCUCAUUACUCAUCACUCACUCACAACUUUCAAUCAAGUUCCGUCAUGUCAUCAAGCAUUAUUACAUCACUAGUGAUGGAUUUUAGUGGAAAUGCUCAUCACUUGUUCAUCAUCAUCACUCAUCACAGUGUUCAUCAUCAUCGCGCAUCUUCAUCAUUCUUCACGCGUGAUAAUUAUGAUGCGUUAUAAAGUUCACGCAUGAUGGAGUAUGGUGACGGCGAUGUGCGUUAUAAUUUCACGAGUGAUGGGGGCUUAUCACGGACCGUCCCGGGUCCCCUUAUAAUAACGAAAGUUAUUGCGUUGAUUUUUGCCAUAGUAUACGCACUAGUUGAAGAAACAUACCUUCGAAUUGUCAAAAAGCCUAACACGUGCGCACACAUACUUGUAUUUAUUGUGAGAAUAUUGGUAUUCCAAAGAUAGAUAUGAUGAAGACUAUUGACUUUUUG